AUGAAUAAUAAUAAUAAUAAUGAUAAUAACAACAACAAUAACUAUGGUUUCCCUCUCUUCCUACUCUUUUCUUUUUAUACAUUUUCCGUAGCCAUCGUCCGUGUCGGUUGUCUAGUCCAUCAUCGUCCAUCCAUGUUCCACGUCUCCCUAGGCUUUUAUACCCCAAAAAAGAUAUUCGAUUACUUUUACCCAAGUGGUUUCCUUUACAAAAAGAUAUUCAAUUACUUUUACCCAGAGGGUUUCCCAGGCUCGCCCCCGUAUAUACUAGUUGUAGCAUGUUAUCGAAAAGAUGGUAAUACUUUAAAUAAAUGUAAAGACCUCUCUUUGUUUUAA